CCGAUUUCAUACACUUCUUCUCAUUCUCCAAACAGCGAAGACUACAACUGGGCGUUUUCUCUUUUUCCCCUUAAAUAAUAAAUAAUCAAAUAAAUAAAUUUUAAAAAUAAUGGAAAAUCGGACCUUGAAUUCCGGGUUGCCUCUGAUCUGUGCCAACUGCAAUUCUUCAAUUGCCCGUUUCUGUUCUCGUUCUCUUCCGUCAAUUCUCUAUUAAGCCUUCAUCUAUUCCAUUCCCAAUCCGUGGGGGUAUUUGAUACAUGCCCUUUCCAUCUUGAAUUUACCUUUUCAAUCCCCUUUCUCUCUACUGUUCAGUUAAAGAGUUUGGGGAUUCAUUAUCUCUUCUUUUUUUCAUUUUUAUUUCUUUCCUUUAUUAUUAUUAUCAUUAUUAUUAUUAUUAUUUUUGUUCCUGAAUCGCGAUUGUUUUUAUCUUUUUGCUCCAUUCGUCGAUGGAUGACGCAUUUCAUCGGCGAGGGCUUGUGUCGAAUGCUCCAUCUCCAGGUUACUUUAUGCCACUGGAAAAGUCAAGCCAAGACGAUGGUGUUUAUCCAAAGAAGAGAGCAGGGAUGCGAAGAUGGUUUUGUUGCAUCUGCCGAUCAGAGGAAUCCUAUGACACACGUGAAACUGAGCUCCUAAAAAGUCCCGCUAAGAAUUCUGAUGGGCGUCCAAGACGUUCUAGAGUACAAGCUCCUGCCAAACCUGAGGUGCAGAAGACAAUCCCAGUUAUUGAGGUGCCUCUUUAUUCUCUGGAGAAGUUAAAGGAAAGAACUGAAAAUUUUGGAUCAAAGGCAUUAAUUGGUGAAGGAUCUUAUGGAAGAGUGUACCGUGCAAGUUUAGAUGAUGGCAAGGCUGUGGCUGUGAAGAAGUUAGAUAUGUCAUCUGAGCCAGCGCCAAAUACUGAGUUCUUAAUCCAGGUUUCCUUGGUUUCAAGGAUGAAACAUGUCAAUCUUAUUGAGCUGCUUGGCUACUGCGUAGAAGGGAAUCAACGUGUGUUAGUUUAUGAGUUUGCAACCAAGGGAUCUUUACAUGAUAUAUUGCAUGGAAGGAAGGGAGUACAAGGAUCACAGCCUGGCCCUACACUUGAUUGGAUGCAACGGGUCAGGAUCGCUGUUGAGGCUGCAAGGGGACUCGAAUAUUUGCACGAGAAGGUCCAACCUCCUGUAAUACACAGAGAUAUCAGAUCCAGCAACAUCCUUCUGUUUGAAGACUUCAGCGCAAAGAUUGCAGAUUUUAACCUUUCUAAUCAAGCUCCAGAUAUGGCUGCCAGGCUUCAUUCUACUAGAGUUCUGGGAACAUUCGGUUAUCAUGCACCAGAAUAUGCAAUGACAGGACAACUAACACAGAAGAGCGACGUUUAUAGCUUUGGGGUCGUGCUGCUUGAACUUUUGACAGGCAGGAAACCUGUAGAUCAUACUAUGCCUCGCGGACAGCAGAGCCUUGUCACCUGGGCCACCCCAAGACUGAGUGAAGACAAAGUGCACCAAUGUAUAGACCCAAAGCUGGAAGGAGAGUGUCCUCCAAAAGCUGUGGCAAAGAUGGCAGCUGUUGCAGCAUUGUGUGUACAAUAUGAGUCCGAAUUUCGCCCCAACAUGAGCAUUGUUGUGAAGGCUCUCCAACCAUUGUUGAAGUCUCAGGUUCCUCAUGCUCCAGAAAUGUAAUGCUGAUAUUAUCAGCUGCUCAGCACCUCAGGAUUUCUACACAAAGGCAUCAUCUAUCCCCCCC